GUGAACGUUUGCAAGCCUGAUUGCAGACUUGGAAUCGAGGAAAAAGAGUAAUAUAGGGGAGAAUAUCAAAAAGGGGAGGUGAGUGAAACCUCAGGACUUGGAUUUGUGUGGGUUUGCCGGAGACUAUUUUUUGAAAAUUCUGCAGCUUGAUUGCAGAACUGGGAUCUCUGUCAGAUUAUUUUUGUGUGAAAUACUACAAUCUUGAUUGCAGGAUAGGGAGUUGGGAAACACAAGGGAUAACAAUGAGGGUCUUAUACUAAGGGGUGAGUGAAGCCUCUGCUUGAAGUGAGUAAAAGAUCAUGAGUUGAGAGUAAAAGAUCCUGAGUUGAGUAAAGUGCAGAUGAGUGAAUAUGGAAGCUUUGCACAGGUGUGCAUUCCAAAAUUUCAUGGUGAUUAUGAUCAUUGGAGUCUUGUGAUGGAAAACCUUCUACGGUCAAAGGAGUAUUGGGAUGUUGUGCGUGAAGGCUUUAGGGAACCAGCACCAAUCGAGGAGCUAUCUCCUGCUGAUGCUAAGAGGCUGGAAGGCUUGAAGUUGAAAGAUCUGAAGUCAAAAUAUUAUCUCUUCAGUUCCAUUGACAGGACUAUUCUCAAGACAAUCACUAACAAGAAGACCACUAAGGAGCUUUGGGAUGCAAUGAAGCUUAAGUUUCAAGGCAGUGCUAGGGUGCAGAAGGCUUAGUUGCAAGCUUUGAGAAGGUAUUUCGAGCUAUUGGGAAUGAAAGAAGAAGAGACCAUAACGGAAUACUUUAAUAGAGUUAUGGUGGUGGCUAACUCCAUGAGAAAUUGUGGAGAGAAUCUAACUGAUGUUCAGAUUGUGGAAAAGCUUCUCAGAACCUUGAAUGAGAAGUUUAAUUAUGUGGUAUGCUCACUUGAAGAGUCCAAUGACAUUGAGCAACUUAGUGUUGAUACACUUCAAAGCUCAUUGAUAGUGCAUGAGCUGAAAUUUCUUAAGAAAAGUGUUGCAGAAGAAGAUCAAGCCCUCAAGGUGGGCUAUAAGACUGGAGGAAGAGGAGGUAGAGGAAGAAGUGGCUUUCCUGGAAGAGGAAGGGGCUGGAUUAGAGACACUGGGGAAUGUUUUAAUUGUCACAAAAUUGGACAUUUCGGAAAUGAGUGUUCAGAUCGGUACACAAAUGAGCAAGUCAACUAUUCCAACUCUCAUCCUAGGCAAGUCAGAUCAUAUGAAGACAUGAAAGAGGGUGUUCUACUAAUGGCUUGUGCAGAACCAAAGGGAGAGGAAGUACCAAUUUCACAGAUGGCACCUCGAGAUAAAGCAUCAGUAGGUAAAACAUAAACGUGGUGGUUUCUAGAUUCAGGUUGCAGCCAUCACAUGACAGGUAACAAGAACUGGUUCUCUAGUAUUGAUCACUUCUGUUGCACUGUGAGUUUAGGAAAUGGGGUUGAGUUGCAGGUGGCUGGUAGGGGAACCAUUAGAAUGCAAAUUGAACACAAGUCCAUAGUAAUUCAUGAUGCAUUCUAUGUACCAGGAUUAAGAACAAAUAUGCUGAGUAUUGGAAAGAUGUAAGAUAAGGGAUUAGUCUUCCUUAUUCGUAAAAUAUAUCAUGAUGAAAGAGGUCUCUUAUUUUGCACGAAGAGAAACAACAUGUUUGUGCUACAUGCUGAUUCUGCAGACUGCAUGUUAGAUCCUACAUAUCAAUGUCUGCAGGCUAUGAGAUCUCAAGUAGUUAUUCAUGAAAAGGGAGUUUGGUGAUGUAUUUGAUGUUGAGCUUGCUAGGGAUACUCCACUUUCAGUAACAAAUACAUUUGAUGAAACUGCUGGGAUUUCAUAUGAUGGAAUUCAUAUUCAAGAAGAGAAAGACGAGUUGGAGGAAACAACUAUGCUAGAGCCUCCUUCCCCAACAUCUUUCGAUUGCAGAACUAAGGAAUCAUCAAAUGUGAACUCCAGUAGAAGUUUGCAAGCCUUAUCAGCUCAUCAUGAUUGGUUCAGUUUUCAUUUGAAUAUGAAGUGGACAUGUUUUCAUAGAAAGGUGACAAACAGCUUAUGUGAUGCAACCACUAGAGCUUGUAGUUGCAGGGGAGGAGAUUAUGGAUCUAAAGGAGCUAGAGUCAGAUUUGUUGUGCUUUGAUAUGGAUGCUGCAAUGUAUGAUAGCAGUGGUUUGUCAGGUUUGUUGUGCUUUGAUAUGAAUGCUGCAAUGUAUGACAAUAGUGGUGAGAAGCCAUUUAUGAAACUUAAAUUGGUUAGCAAACGGAAUAAACAUGUGCCGGCAAUUAAGAAGGGUGUUGUUGCUUACGAUUACAAAAUUGGGAAGAGUAUUUUUAGUCAGCAGCUGAAGCAGUCCGUGGUAAAUGAAAACAAAGUUGUCCAAGUGUUUCCAAUCCAGACACAAGGGUUGAUGAUGUUGAAUUUAAGAGAAGUUUGAAGUUACUGAUAAAUUGGGUCAGAGAAUACACAGGAAAUUUGCUUAUAUGGACAUACAUGAGACUGGGAGGACAAUGAUCAUGCAAAGAAUCAUGUCGUGAAGAAAAAGGAGUUUUUUGAGUGGAUUCAAGUCAUCUACACCAAGUUUAAAGAGAAGGUUCAAGCUAUAUUUGUUCCACUUGUGGUAGUUGGUUCUGCAGCAAGGUUAGACAACUUUGUAGCUAUUUUUGCAGCAUGUUUAAGCACCUUUGCAGCACAUUAUUCAGCCGGUUUGUUACAAGUCUCCAGAGUUCAGAAGUGGCAAAUUGCAGUUGGUCUGGUGAAGUACAUAAUCACAAGUUUGGUUAUUUCUCAAUUCAAGUUUGCAGCUAGCUUUGUGGAUGUUUUCAUCACUUUGGCAGCUGGAUUUAUCAAAUAUAGAGAUGGUGCUGCAGAUUGUGACUUGAUGACAGAUAUGGAAUGAGUGGGGUAUUUCAUAUUGCUUCUCUUGGUUUAUGUGACAAAGGUGACAAUGGUUGAAGAAGAAGUAGUAUCUUGGGACUCCAAGGAGCAAUUCUUGGUUACUGAAGCAGAGUUUUAUGUGUUGUAUUGUGCUGCUCAACACGAACAUGUGUGGUUAAAGAGAAUUAUGAGAACAAAUGAACUGGGGGAGGAGCAUAGUAGAAGCAACUCAGGUUUCCGUGAUAGCAGCUCCAUCAAACUUUCGAAGAAUUCACUUCUUCAGAGAUGUAGAAAAUAUUUUGAUGCUCAUUGUUCACCUUCUAAGGAAGCUGGCAAAGGAUUAUGUGGUGAACCUGAUCCAUUGUGGAACACAAUAUUGGGGUUGCAGACAUAAUGAACAAAGCUCUUAAGCUUGAGACGUUUCAGUUACUGAGAGGAAGGCUUGGAGUUGUGGACUUAGCAGAAGCAGCAGACUGAGGAAUGUUGAUGGAGUGAAGUUAGGAAGUGGUUAGUCAUGGUAGCUGAAGUCUAGGAGCAAUCACGUUAGAGUCUGUUAGGUGUGGCGGAGAUCAAAGGCUGGAACUUGUAUUUAUAGUAUUUUCUCAUCAAAUAAAAGACUUGUCAGUUUGCAGAGAUUUGGCUUCACAGCAUCUUCAUCUCAUCUUGCAGGCUCCAGCUCUACCCACAAGCUUGACAAAGAAAAAGAGCCUAUUGAAGGAUAGACAGUAGCUAUGUAUUGUGAUUUCUAUUAGGAAUAUGACUGUAGGUUAAGAUCGUCUCAAGAAAAAUACAGUAACACG